CGAAUAUCUUAUUCCACAUUUUUACAAUCUGUUCUUGAGACGUUAAAUCUUAUACCGCAAAUAAUGGAUUAUCUUGAUUACAAAAUUGAUCAUCCUUUGGUUCCAGAUUCAAUUUUUUAUAUUUCAGAUUUCCUUGAUACGGAUGAAGAACGAAAAUUGAUUGACCGCGUGAUACAAGCACCGAAACCUAAAUGGCAAUUUCUAUCAAAUCGAAGCUUACAGGUUUAUGGUGGAUAUCCAAGUACCGAAGGAAUGUUGGCUGAAGAUUUGCCACAGUGGUUACAAGUCUAUGCAAAUAGUUUACAGAAAAUGAAUAUUUUCGAUGGUAAUUUGCCCAAUCAAGUAUUGAUCAAUCGAUAUGAACCCGGUCAAGGAAUAUUGGCACAUGAAGAUGGGCCAUUGUAUCAUCCAGUAGUGGCUACGAUUAAUACAGGAUCUCAUACAGUUUUGAAUUUUUAUGAAAAAUCAUUAACCGAAGGUCGGAAAUAUCGAUUCUCUUUGCUAUUAUGGCCACGAAGUUUAUCGAUUUUAAAAUAUGAUGCUUAUAAAAAAUACCUGCACGAAAUAGAAGAAAUAGAUGUAGAUAAAUUUCCGAUCAAUAACAACGAAACAUUGCCAAACAAAAUAAUCGUUAAUUUCAAUUUGAUUGAAAAAAACAUUAAAGAACUAAUGGAUGCAAAUAAUUGCCUACGACGACAAACACGAUAUUCAUUUACAAUACGCUUUGUUCCCAAAUGUCAUAAAUUGAAUUUGAAUAAAAUAUUUUUUAAAAAAUAA